UUUGGGUGCCCUCUGCCCCCUUGGUGCUCUUUGUAUGUUGCUCUGGUUUCAACGCGAUAGAGCGCUCUCCUCCUCAACGGCCAGACAUGGCCUUCUUCACCUCCAACCCACAACUCCACUCAAUCACUCUCUGUAAGUUUCCAUGGAAUCUUAACAAUUCCUUCAAAUUCCACUUUCCCUCUUCUUUUCUCCCCAUUUUCUCACCACCCAAACACCCCCCUCCACUCCAACCACGCUUCUCACCUCUUCUUAUAGUUCGCACACCCUGCGUCCACGUUGACGCCACGCUGACCUCCAAACAACAAGAAAUCCCAAAUGAAACCUCAAAUCAUAGCAAUGAUGUAACAACUUCAUCUGGGUUUUCUCAAUCUAGUGCUAAUGGGAAAAGGGUAGGCAGAAAAAACAGUAAAAGGAGUGUUAGUUCAGUAGAGGUGGAAAACCCUGAGAUGACUAGUGCCACAAGAGAUGGGGACGCCCGAAAAAGAUUGGAUUCUAGUGAAGAAAAGGGAGUGUAUUAUGUGUUUUGUAACCUGUUUUUGGAAAGUAUAAGGAAAUAUUUAGAGAAAAAUGUGACAGGAAGUGUUGGCAGUGGAGAAAGUAAUAGGGAGAGGGAUGGAAAGAUUGGGAAGGGUUUUGGUAAGAAAAGCAAGGUAAAUUAUCCGCCGGGGGGUAAGUUGAAGGUUGGGCUUGAUAGAUGGUCCAAGAAUGGAGAUUUCUUGAGUGCACUUAUUGCGUACGAUUCGGCUCGGGUAAAAGGUGUAAAAGUGGACCAGUGGAUUUACACUGUUAUACUGUAUAUUUGUACUUCUGCAGCUACUGGUGGUUUUGAACGCGUGAAGAGUGGGAGUAGUGGUCGGAGUUUGAGUAAUUUGGACCCUAUUAGUGAGGCUUCUUCUUUGAAUUCUGACGUUAUGCGUAAACUGUUGGAAUCCUUACGCCAGUGGAAACAUUCAGGUCCCUUGGAACUGGACUAUGUUUUAACAGAAGAAGGGAAAAACAAUUUGUAUAGCAAUUCCUAUUUGGAGGAAUUGGCAACAGUAGACAAUGGGAAGUCCAAUCCUCGGGUUAAGGAUGGAACAAUUGACAUAGGAAUUGUUGGUUCAGAAACCGAAGUUAUUGAAGACGGUGAUUACCCCAAAAAGUUAGAUAUUGAAGUGCCAAGAUCAACGAGUGGGGUGAGUAGUACCAAGAUCAAGGAGUAUGCACUUGUGAGGGGAUUCGAAAUUUUUCAUAGAAUGUGCCGCGAAGAGGUCCCAAUGAAUGAAGCAAGCUUGACAUCUGUUGCUAGACUGUGUAUGGCAUUGGGUGACGGUGACAUGGCCUUUUUUAUGGUAAAGCAAAUGAAGCUUCGUGGAAUAGACCCUAGAUUGAGAUCGUAUGGUCCGGCUCUGUCUGCUUUCUGUACCUGUGGAGAUGUCGACAAAGCGUUUACUGUUGAACAACACAUGUUGGAGCAUGGUGUAUGUUCAGAAGAGCCAGAACUGGAGGCUCUCUUAAAAGUAAGUAUAGAAGCAGGCAGAACUGAUAAAGUUUAUUAUUUGUUACAUAGACUUAGAACACACUUCAGGAAAGUGUCGCCUUCUAUAGCAGUUUUGCUUGAGAAAUGGUUUACAAGCAAGGUAGCUUCAAAAGUAGGGAAAAGGAAACUGGAUGAAAAGUUUAUACGGGAAGCAAUUGAAAAUGGAGGUGGGGGGUGGCAUGGACAAGGUUGGUUGGGUAAAGGGAAGUGGAAUGUUUUCCGCACGUCUGUUGGGACAGAUGGCUUGUGCAAGUGUUGUGGUCAAAAGUUGGCAACAGAAGACCUUGAUCCGGUAGAAACUGAAAAAUUUGCUGAGUUGGUCGCAUCUCUAGCUGCAGAGAGAGAGAAAAACUCAAGCUUCCAGCAGUUUCAGGGAUGGCUUGACUUCUGUGGACCUUUUGAAGCAGUUGUAGAUGGAAUGAAUGUUGGCGCUCUUGCUAGAACGACAUUCAGAUCAUCGAAGCAGGGGCUGGUGGUAAUGUUGACCAAGGUAAACGUUGUUGUGAAUGGAAUUCUUCCGCUGCUUCCUUCCAAAAAGUGGCCACUCAUUGUGUUGUAUCAUAGACGUCUCACUGGUUAUAAUUUGGAUAAACCAGCAUGUAAGGAACUGAUUGACAAAUGGAAAACUGCCGACGCACUUUAUGCCCCUCCCACAGUAUCAAAUGUUGAUUGGUACUGGUUGUAUGCAGCUAUAAAGUGUAAAUGCUUAAUCGUGUCCAAUGAUGAGAUGAAAGAUAAUAUAUUUCACCUUCUAGGAAAUGAUUUCUUCCCCAGAUGGAAAGAAAGGCAUCAAGUGCGGUUCAGUUUUUCUGAUAUUGGUCCGGUGAUCCACAUGCCGCCUCCUUACUCUAUUGUAAUUCAGGAGUCAGAGAAAGGUCACUGGCAUAUUCCAAUUGCAUCAGAGUCCGACAAUGAAGGGGAAAGAACAUGGUUGUGUAUUACACGUGGUAAGUCACCUCGGUCAACACAAGUAACUGCUACCAUGCAUGAAGAUAAUCGCUCACCUGGUGCAACCCAAGUAACUGCUACCAUACAUGAAGACACUCAGUCACCUGAGGCAACACAAGUAAGUGCUACCAUACAGGAACGUAAUCACUCGCCUCAGGCAACGCAAGCAACUGCUACCAUACAUGAACGUAAUCACUCGCCUGAGGCAACGCAAGCAACUGCUACCAUACACAAAGAAUCGCAAUCUCCAGUCUACAAUAAAGGAAGUGAAAGCUCAGUCGAUCAAACCAAAACUGAGGCAAUGCCGAUACUAUUGAAUGAUGGCAACAAAAAUACAGACGGCGACUCUAAACAGCAGAAUGACGAAUUUUACAAGAGUAUCAGAAAUAUAUUAUCACCACUCAUGCCCUCAAUCUCAAAGGAUCCAACAAUCCUGUCACAAAUUGAGGCUGCUGAGAAGCUCGGUGGCUGUGUGAUUGAUUUUGAAAUAUGAAGUAUACAAUUAACAUGUCAGGAGCUUGAAUGACACUUGCUGGACAUUGUAGAGUUGUGCAGCUCAUGAAGCAUCCUCAAUGCCAAAUUAACAGUUGAAACUCAUGAGAACCUCGGAUGCAGAUCAAAUUUCCCUCCCCGGUGUUAGGGUUUGAUUGUGAGGUGUAAAUUAUAGACAAAAUUGGCCAUCUAAUUUUGAAGUUUGGAAUUUUUUUCUCCCUCUCCUACGGAUAAAAAUUUAUUUUCAGUCUGUUGUGUCAGUUAGCUAGGAAGAGGAAAAGCUUAUAAUACAUUUUGGAAACAUUUCGGAAACAAAGUGCAGAAAACGUAGUCGGAUCAGAAUAGAAAUGUCAAAAGAGAUUGAGAAUGUAUGAAAAUGUGAUCAUGGGAAGGUCGUAACAACUCAAUGUUUUGGUUUAUUUAGUAAAUUUGUCAAGAUGUUCUGGUGUGCUUUCUGUAUA